AGUCACAACGCAGACUGCAUUUUCUCGACCGAGAAAAUACUUUCCUAUCCGAGAAAAUUAGAAAGGGGAAAUUUUUUGAAGGAUCAUAAAUGUUACACGAUAUACAGCGCAAUAAUACCUAGCUGUGAGGCUCCUUCAACUUCCGUUUCACGUCCUCGACCGAGCUUCAGUUAUCGUCCAUCCACCACCCCACCCAGAAAUUCUCUCUCUCCAUUUUCUUACUUAUUUUCCCACAAGCCAAACGGAAAUGGUUGCGCCGCCGACAUCAUCAUCGUCAUCAUGGAGCAAAAAGAGAGAGCUUUCAGCUUCAGAGAGAGCAAUGUCCGGACCCAGGUGAAGCAGCACCGUCGAGGACUUUCAUUUUCACUCGCGAGGAAGGAGAAGCAAGGAAGAUCCGAUUACCCGAAUCCGCUCACCGCAUUGGGUUCCCGGGUCAGGGAUCUUUACGAUCGGACCAAGUUUGGCAACUGGUCUCGCAUCAUCGGUGUUGGAGAAACCUGCCCUGAAGUGAUGAACACCAAUUCGGCAUUCGGUGAUUCGCCGGAGAAAGUUGCUGAAUCUGACGAGAAAGAGGAAGAAGUCAAAGUGAAAAACAUGGCACAAGUCGAAGACAAAGGCCGAGAAAGCAGCUGCAGUCUGGACACGACCAGACAUGAAGGACAAAGCCUUAGCUGUACGGAGGAUUCAACAUCUUCUCCGGUUUCCUCCGGUUGGUCGGUGAAGAAUGGCGACGGAGAGAAGAAGCAUCCUUCAGAUUGGGGGAAAUUGGGGAAACAGCAGUCAGUUUCAGAGAUUGAGAUGAUGAAGGAAAGAUUUUCGAAGUUGCUCCUUGGGGAGGAUAUGUCAGGUUGUGGCAAUGGAGUUUGCACAGCUUUAGCCAUCUCCAAUGCCAUCACAAAUCUCUGUGCUACUUUGUUCGGACAACUAUGGAGGUUAGAGCCUCUACGUCCGGAGAAGAAAGCCAUGUGGAGAAGAGAGAUGGAAUGGCUUCUCUGUGUAAGCGAUCAUAUCGUAGAGAUGACACCGACAUGGCAGACAUUUCCCGAUGGAAGCAAACUCGAGAUAAUGACUUGCAGACCAAGAUCCGAUCUUUAUGUCAACCUUCCAGCUCUUCGCAAGCUAGACAAUAUGCUCCUCGAGAUAUUAGAUAGUUUCGAGAACAGAGAGUUCUGGUAUGCUGACAAAGGAAUUUCGGCACCUGACUCGGAAGACGGGUCAGAUUCUUUCAAGAGAUCUUUCCAUAGGCAAGAGGAGAAAUGGUGGCUACCGGUUCCACGGGUUCCUCCGGGUGGUCUGAAAGAAAACUCGAGAAAGCAGUUGCAGCAUAAACGGGACUGCACCAACCAGAUUCUGAAAGCCGCAAUGGCAAUCAACAGUGUCACUCUCACCGAUAUGGAGAUUCCCGAAUCAUACAUCGAGUCUCUCCCACGGAAUGGAAGAGCCUGCCUUGGUGAUCUGAUUUACAGAUACAUUUCGUCGGAGCAGUUCUCUCCCGAAUGCCUUCUUGAUUGCCUCGACUUAUCCUCUGAACACCAAGCGAUAGAGAUAGCCAACCGAGUCGAGGCAUCGAUCCAUGUAUGGCGGAAAAGGGCCAUUUCCAGACCGGCAAAUACAGCUUCCAGAUCGAGCUCGAGGUCGUCAUGGGAAAUGGUGAAAGACCUGAUGGUUGAUGCGGAAAAGCGAGAGUUAGUAGCGGAAAGAGCCGAAAGCCUCUUGCUUUCUCUGAAACAGCGGUUUCCGGGUCUCCCUCAGACCGCUCUAGACAUGAGCAAAAUCCAAUACAACAAGGAUGUCGGGAAAUCGAUUCUGGAGAGUUAUUCGAGAGUUCUAGAGAGCUUGGCGUUCAACAUCGUAGCCCGAAUAGAUGAUCUGCUCUUCGUGGACGACCUGAUGAGACAGCCAGAUCAGACAAAGCUUCCGACAAUGGGCAGAAGCAUUGUCCAGAAAAACAUUGAUUUGCCCAUCUCGGCAUAUGCAACACCGAGCUACUCUCCAGCAAAAACAGGCAGGUCCAUGUCGGCAAGGUCGCCAUUGAAGGAUCCUGAGAGUGAUGGCGUUAAAAGGGUAUUGACGGGUUAUCUAACGGUGGAUCCGAAAUCGAAGGACCUGGGCUCGAGAUCGAGCCGGUCGUCGUCGCCACCGCCGGGCCGGAGCGAGAGUAGGCGCUCGCUCGAGAAAUGCAUGAGGGAGUCGCAGAACGUGUGGAACCUCGAUCCAGGGAUCUGAGCUUAAAAUGAUCACUUGUUUUAUUAAUAAAUGUUAUCUCUUGUUUACAGUAAAAAAAAUCUUGUUGAAUAGUGAUGUGUGUUGACGAAUUAGUAUAUGAUAUUUUAAUGAAA